UUGCAGGUCAGAGUUAACUCAGACCAGGAACGCUUCCUAAUAGUUCCCUUUGGGCUCCUUUACAGUGAAGUCACUGCCUCUAGUUUGGUGAAGAUAGACCUUCAGGGGGAAAUCGUAGACAGAGGAAGCACCAACCUGGGGGUCAACCAGGCCGGCUUCACCCUCCAUUCUGCCAUCUAUGCCGCACGGCCCGAUAUCAAGUGUAUUGUACAUAUACACACUGCGGCAGGUGCAGCGGUAUCGGCCAUGAAAUGUGGGCUGCUGCCCAUCUCUCCUGAGGCUCUGUCCCUGGGGGAGGUGAGCUAUCACGAUUACCAUGGCAUCCUGGUGGACGAUGAAGAAAGAGUUCUCAUACAGAAGAAUCUUGGGGCCAAGAGCAAGGUUCUUAUCCUGAGGAACCAUGGUUUGGUGUCGGUUGGAGAAACGGUGGAGGAGGCCUUUUAUUACAUCCACAACCUGGUGACCGCCUGUGAAAUCCAGGUGCGAACACUGGCCAGCGCUGGAGGUCCAGACAAUCUGGUUAUGCUGGACCCGUCAAAGUACAAGUCUCGCCCAUGCGUCCCUGAGCCAGCAGGCGACGGGUCGUCGUCACACCCAAAGUGGCAGAUUGGGGAGCAGGAGUUUGAGGCUCUCAUGAGAAUGCUCGACAAUUUGGGCUACAGGACGGGCUAUCCUUACCGCUGCCCGGCUCUGAGAGACAAAGGUAAAAAGUACAGUGACACGGAGCUCGCCUCCUCCGCCCACGGCGGUUACUCCUAUGGGGAGGACAGCGACUCAGGUGCUCGCUCCCCACUGAAACACAGCUUCCAGCGUGGCCAGCGUGACAAGACCCGCUGGCUAAAUGCCGGCGGCCGGCCCGACGAGCCUUACGAGGACGGGCCCGACGGCACCAGCCCCAAGUCGAAGCCUAAGGUGUGGACGAACAUAACACAUGAUCACGUCAAACCCUUGCUGCAGUCUCUCUCGUCCGGUGUCUGCGUGCCAAGCUGUAUAACCAACUGCUUGUGGACAAAGGAGGAAAGCCUUCGCCAGGCUGCCGUAGCCAAUCAGUUUAUCCCGAUGAACACCGACCCCAAGGAGGUUCUGGAAAUGAGGAAUAAGAUUCGAGAGCAGAACCUGCAAGACAUAAAGACUGCAGGACCCCAGUCACAGGUUCUGUGUUCCGGCUCUGUGGUGGAACGAUCUUUUAACCAGGGUGAGCUGGUGACUGCAUCCAAGGCCAUCAUCGAGAAGGAGUACCAGCCCAAAGUUAUUGUGAGCAAGACUGGUCCCAACCCCUUCAAUAAAUUUACAGACCAGGAGCUGGAAGAAUACCGCCGGGAGGUGGAGCAGAAACAGAAAGGUGGUGAAGUGAAAAAACAAGAAUGUACGAAAGGAUCAACCUCUGGUGCACCCAGACCUAAGCCACGGACUGUAUCAUCGGGUCAAACCUCUUUUUCCACACCAACUGAUUCACCAAGCUUGGACCAACCUCCAGCUUCCCAGAGGGUCACUCCUCCUCAGCCUGCGGGCGGAGGCGUAGCAGACGAUGUGUUCUUAGCUGCAGACGAGGUGCCGUCAGGGCAGCAUUCUCCGCACAAGGAGUUCCACAGCGCGGUGCUGCAGGCCCUCAAGAAGCCAUCAGCUGUAGAAGCGGCAGAGGGAGGUCAGGCUUCAGAUUUAGAGCAACAAGUAGAGGCUGAGGAGGAUGACCCUAAACCCACAUCCACACCGCCGAGCACCCCGGUCAGAGCAGAGGAAGAGUCAUUGCCGGAACAAACCUUUAAGGACGAGAGUGAUGCAGCCACCCUGAGACAGACCCUUCCAGAUUUAACCCCCGACGACCCCUCUGAUGCUCCGGCUCUCCCCGCUGAAGACUCCACUCCAGCCGCUGCUUCCGCCGAGGCAGCUGAAGGGGAGGAGGCCGCUGAUGCUGGGGACCAGGAAGGCGAGGAGUCUCCCAGCAAAUCCCCCUCCAAAAAGAAAAAGAAGUUUCGCACACCUUCCUUCCUAAAGAAAAACAAAAAAUAGACAGUCCUAGAUUGGAGAAAGUUUGAUAAGGCUGACCUCGCCUUCAUUUUGGUUCCUUUUAUUUUGUUUUGUACUUUUGCCCUUCAAGUGAGCCACACUCCCACACUUAUUCUUCGGUUCUAUAUGUUAAAAAUUUAACCUGCUUUUGCUCAUUAGUGUGUAUACAGUGUAAAACAAUCGCAUUAUGGCUUUUUUUCUGUUUAGAUAUUAAAGGCUUUUAGUUGUGAGUGCAAUCAGUCUUGUCAACUCCAUCUUGUCUUAAAUGCAUGACUAUAACUACAGGCUCACGUGCUUAAAUUAGAGGUUUUUAUUUCUUUUCUUUUUUAACUAUUAACCAAUGUAACCACUAGAAUGUAUAGGGAUUGUAUCCAAAUAUGUCUGCCGCUGCAGGGCAAGAAGCUUGUACCUUCUGCUGAGCUGAUGGUCACUUCUGACAGUGAUAAACUGCAUAAAUGCAACCCUGAAGCUGUGCGCUCAUUUUAUUACAAAUCUGCAGACUGGAAGAGCUACAGUCCGGCUUCUCCCUAAUGGUUGUUUGCUCGUGUCCAAAAUGCAAUAACUCCAAUGAAAUCACUAUCAGCCACAUGUAAUGUUUUCCUUUUUUUUUUUUUUUUUUUUUUAAACAUUGUUUUACUUACUCACAUGGUUCUUAAUCUAAUGUUGGUCAAAUACUUUGCACAUCGGAUUAAGUGAGAACACUGCUGCAUUAUGCAAGAUUAGCCCUGCCUUGCUUCUGACAUUGUGCUCGUGGAUCAGUCUAAGGCUUCAUGCAAUGUAUUUGCCUCUGCCUGUAAGCCUAUAUUAUGAAGGAAUGUGUACAUUUGUAUUUUUUUUUUCUGUUUUUAUCAUAGCUUUUAUUUUGUAUUAUCUCCCCAAUUUCACAUUGCUAAUUUGCAUCUAGUGUUGCAUAUUUCCAUCGGUUUCUGGUGGCAUUUUGUUACAUAAAUCAGAUUAUUCCCUUUAUUCUGUCAUUAAAAACCCAGUUUUAGGAAUACAUUUUGCUUUUAUCCAGUUGCAUUUAUUCAUUAAAAAGGUUUCAUGUUUGAUCAUGUCAUAGAAUCAUAAAUCGUGAUGCUAAUUAGUCUCUCCAUGAAUGAUACUUAGGCUGUGAAUCACUGUCAACAGUAAAGACGAUUUACACUGGAGGAACAAAAGAAGCUAUUUUUGUUGUGACUGCAAUCAAUGGGUGGAAAAAAAAAACAGUUUGAUGUUCAGUUUCAGGUUGUGUGAAUCGUUCAGCUGUAAUAGAGAGUCUUGACGUGCUUUAUGAAAUUGACCACUGGUGACAGAUGAUAGACUUGCAUCGCAUCGAAGGGCUUCAAACUGAUUGUGGGUUAUAUUUCAACUGUUCCGCUGAAGCAAAUACUAAUGUCCAACUAAUCCUUUAAAUCUGCUUUAUUGGUGGUUUUGUUUUUAGACAUGCUAAGUUGUAUCAUCUAUCUGAAUUAUACCCAUUUAAAUAUUUUCUUUUUACUCAAUUUACAAAGUUAUUCCACCACUUUCUCAUGGUUCCACCUCUGAAUAAAAACACUACCAUGAAAAGGA